AUGCAACAGCAACGUACCGGUAAUAAUCGCGCCCGGCGUUGUUUGUUUGGUUCUUGCGAUACAGUCGAAUUAAGGGAAGAGACGGAAAAAGCUCUUCGUGAGAUCCGUGCUGAGAAAAGUCAGAAAUGGAAUUUCGACUUUGAAAGGUUUACUCCCUUACCUGGGCCCUACCAAUGGAAAUUGAUCGAUUCGACCGCUACUAGGUAUGUCGCGCAAAAAGUCGACGAUGAUGGUAGUACCGUUACUUGUAAUCAGCUAACGCCAUCCAAAAAUAUUUCUGACGCCAACGGCAUUCCUCACAAUAAGGAAAGGACAAAUCAAAUUCUUGACGAAAGUUGUAUGAUCGACACUAAUGGGAAUGACAAAAAUAACUACGAUAACUUUCGGAACAAUUCUAUCCCAAAGCCGUCAACCAGUAAUACCGGUAGACAUCAAACAAUUAUAUCUGAGCAAAGUGAAAUUAAGCUUGAUAACUAUUCAAGCAAUGGAAGUAGUUGUCAUGGAUUACCCCCAAAGAAAGGAGUUUAUUACCGCCGCAGUGAGCGAAAUAAACCGGGCUAUAAAUCUAAAAUGGUGUUUACAAGUGUUAUGACUGAUUAUAUGGGAAAAAGGAAACGACGUUAUAACCAUGAUAGACUUUGGAAGUCUGAAGAAUGUCUGAGUGAUGUCAAACGUUUUAAACUGCCUGAUAGAAGAGAAGAAAGUCAGCAGCUGUUGAUGUCUCGUCAUAUGUCGUUGUGA